CAGCAUCUGGUUCGUUGUUGAAAAUGCAGACGCCUUGCGGUGCCAAGCCGAAACCUAACCGCUGUAAGCUGAAAUCAUAUCGUAUCGCAUUGGGGUGGCGUUGCUAUCGAUCAACCUCAUACCUCGUAUUAUCGGCUUUCCCUCGCGAAAGCCGAUAUCCGGAGUUGUUCAGCGCACUCGGCAAGUUAGACUGAAAACGGUCGACAUGCACAACGCAGCGCUCGUUGUGCUCAUCUGUUGCUUAUUAUGUCUUGGCGACGGCGACUGUCGGACUUUCACGUUCAAAGCGGCGAAGCCGUUUCGACCCGGUGCGGCCUUCAGCCAUCCGUGCGAUUCAGCGUUCGUCAAACUCCGUUCGUCUUCCACAGCUGUGCUGAACGUCGACCAAGACUGGAUGUUCAAGGACGUGGUACUGCCGCAAGACGUGGAGAUAAUUUUCACCGACAGCGUGACGGUGCGUGAAAUUCCGUUGGAAACCAUGGCAUGUGAUGGCAACUCCGUUCGAUACCGCGAGCAAGUGAUCAAUCCUGUGCUCCAAAACUGGCACGAUCCAAAAAGCUGGAUUGUUUCUGGUAGCCGAUCAUUCGCUUUGCACGCUGAUCUUAUUCCCGGCUCCUACGAUACCGCUGUGUUCCUUAAGAACGAAACAUACUACAAGCAAACGAUUCAGUCGUUUCUCAGCCACGUCAGUAGCAAAGAAGGGAGUUUGCAGUUCAACGUGAGUGCCGCGUUCGCACUUGCUCAUGACGUUGGUUUCGACGAUUCUGAGGACAGUGCCCAGAGAAUAAUUGAAAUCACCUCUGAAACAUGUGGCGAUCCGUCAGGCUGCGUCAACCCAAAUAUGGAAGAGGCGACGAUGAAUAAGAUUUGCUCGAAUGUCAAAUGCAUGACCGAUCAUUCGUGCACGAACGCUGUCAAACCGAAAGGCCACUGCUGUCCCGUAUGCGCUGCGCUGAUGAGGUUUGCCACCGGCUAUGGCUUCGUCCAAAAAGAUAUGGAAAAAGAGGUUGCUAGGAAGGUUUCGAGGUCCUUAAAGGACGGCAUCGAAAUUUCCCUGGUUAAAGUUUCUGAAAACUUUUUCUACCAACUGGUCAUAGUGCCCGCGAGCAAACACUUUGACAAAUCUCACAUGUUAAACGCCGCAAGCAUCAUCAAAUCGAAGGUUCUAGACGAGGCUUUAGGCGUCUUCUUGCUCAUCACCGGAAUGGCAUUACUGUCGCUUGUUAUUGUGUGGAAACGAUCUGCCUUACUGAAGUAUGACCUUCAGGCUUUCAGAAACAAAGUUUCAGUUUCUGACGUUUUCAGUUGGAUUAUACGAGGACGACUGCAGCUGAGGAUCAUAUGGAGAGGCAACAGAGGAGAUGACCGCAUUCAGCUGGAAUUGAAUGAUCCACCGGACUGCUCGCCCACACCUUCCACCUCUGGUUUCGCGAAUCCAAGUUUCAGCCAGCUCAUGAAAUAUGACGCACAAAAAGAUAACGAAGAGUUCUUAAAUGAAGCUGCCUCAUACUAUAAAAUUCCGUUCCCGGCAAGUGAUAAAAAACAUGCCUAA